UAAUAUCAUUCAGUUGGUACUAAUGAUAAGAUAAAUAUUUAAUGCGUAGUCUACUUAUCAAUUUAAAAUGUGUUGAUAAUAUUAAGUAUAUCGAUGAGUCUAAAUGCGGACCUGACUGGGAAACUAGCAAAAUGACCUUGCCUAUAUAUUUAAUAUUACGUCCUUCACACGUCUGAGUUUGCGUCUAACGCAUUUGAGCGGUAUUCAACCAAAUUUUGCGUCCGAUUCAUCUUCAAAUGGUAAAAGUGGUCGUCGACCACUUGCCCGAGUCCAUUCAACGCAGACCUUUGCGGACCUAGACACAAAUUACCCGUGUUAUUUCACACGCUCGACCAUGCCAUAUUAACACCAAUUAACCUAUAUUAAUUGUGACUGAUAACGUGUGCGCGUACUUGCGUGGUCUUCGAAUAACAAUCGCGCUACCUCCGAAAAAACAACCGGCAGUCGAACGCGCACGCGGCACCUCCGUUCCACAUUUCAUCAAUUUGUUGCUCAGUUACACGCGGUAUGUCGAGAUAGUAUGGUGAGACGAAGGCCUUGACAUGACACGAGAUAUCGGCAUAGCAUUUUUGUGCUCGAUGGUGACUUUAUUUGUUGUUGUGGAUUCAAAAGUGUGCACAUCCCUCGACAUCCGUAAUUCGCUGUCCAAUUUGAAUCGACUACAAAACUGCACGACUAUAAACGGUUACCUCAGAAUAAAUUUGUUGGAAAGCGCCACUGCACCGGAAGACUUUGAUAAGUACGUGUUCCCGGAUCUUACGGAGAUCACCGGAUAUUUGGUGCUCUAUAAAGUGUCGCAUCUGACGUCCGUUGGAAAAAUACUUCCGAAUUUGAGAGUUAUUCGAGGAAUCAGUCUUAUAUUUGACUACGCUCUAGCGAUACAUUCAAUGCCACACCUGGUUGAGAUAGGACUCACCAAAUUAAUAUAUAUUGCUAGAGGAGACGUGAUUGUUGACAAAUGCCCUGAGCUUUGUUAUGUGGAUAGUAUAAACUGGACGAUGAUAGGGGCUUCAGCUCUUCACUUUGCGAAUAACAGAACUUGUCCUCCUUGUCCAGAUUAUUGUGAAGGGAAGUUUUGUUGGAACCAACAAACUUGUCAAAAACAAGGGACCGACAAAUGCCAUCAGGAAUGCCUAGGCUGUACAAUACACCAUAGUUCAAAACACUGCGUUAUAUGCAAAAAUUUCGAAAAUUCCGGAGAGUGUGUAGCAGAAUGUCCAAGUAAUACAUAUAUCAACAGAAACAAGUUAAAAUGCAUGUCAAAAGAAGAAUGUACGUCAAGUUCAGAUGGAAAGUGGUGGAUUUUCGGAAAAGAAUGUGUUAAUUCAUGUCCCACAGGAUACGAGACAAAAACGGAACCUGAAUUAGGUUGUCAACCAUGUGACCCCUGCAUCAAAAAGUGCAAUAUAACCGGAGUAAUCGAUGGACUAGCUAAAUUACAAGAAUUUGCUGGUUGUACUCACUUACUCCAAAAUUUAGAAAUUAGAAUAUUGAAUAAUAAUAAUAAUACUAAAGAAGAAUUACUAGAAAAAUUGCGUGAAGUGAGGGUAAUUAAUGGAUAUUUAAAAGUAAGUCGAGUAAAUGUGAUCAAUUCUUUGGAUUUUUUGCCAAACCUUAAUGAGAUUAAAGGAGAAAAUUUAGUGGACAACCGAUAUGCAAUAUACAUGCUUGAUAAUCAAAAUUUACGAAAAUUAUGGAAUUUUGACCAAAAGUUUAACUUAACAAUACAUCGUGGAACAAUAUUUUUUCACUACAAUCCACGUCUUUGUUAUUCUGAAAUAUCUAAAUUAGCCAAUUUGACUGGAAUAGGUAAAAUUAAUGAUACAGAUGUUUCUAAAAUUUCAAAUGGAGACAAGUCAAGAUGCAAUAGUAUAAAUUUAAAGUUAAAAGCGACAAAUAUAGAUUCCCACAAUGUCACUAUCGAAUGGGAAACCUUAGAUACAAUUGAAACAAAAGACUAUGUGGGCUAUACUUUAUUUUAUGCCGAAGAUGAACAUUCAAGAGAAACGUCACUGGAAGAUACAUGCAACGAAAAAAUUUGGAAUAGUUAUUAUACUUCCAAUACAUCAUUAUUUAUUAAAAAUUUAAAACCAUUUACAAAAUACGUCUAUUUUGUUAACGUACUAUCACCAUCUGGAGGUCAAAGUGCCAUGCAUUACUUCACAACUCUCUCGGAUGAUCCGGAAAUGGAUAGAAAUACAAUUACCGCAAUAUCACACAAUUCAACUGCAAUUUGGAUAAAUUGGUCUCCGCCAUUCAUAACUAAUGGGAUCUUAUCGUAUUAUCAAAUUUUUGUUAAUGCCGCACCUGAUGAGCCGAGCUUUUUAAAUCAACGAAAUUUCUGUCUUUAUCCAAGAGAACCGGAGAGACAUGUUAAAGAACCCAAAACGAUUGUUAAAAUUAAAGAUCACAGUAAAUGUAACUGUACAAAAGAAGAGAUACAUUUCGUUGAACAAAAUAGUGACGAAGAAUUUACUCUGUGUGAUGAAAACUCAAUUUCAAAAUAUGGCCUGCAAGUAUGUGAAAAGUUUAAAUAUGAGAAUGUUAAUAAUAUGACAAACUUUAUAACCAAUGAAAGUAAUACAUUUUUAAAAUAUUCAAUUGAGAGUCAAAAGAAAGAAGUCUCUUCAGAUAGAACGACAUUAAUAAACAUUACUGAUACAAAUGCUACCAGCUAUUUGGUGACCGGAUUGAAACAUUAUCAAAUUUAUGUGUUUUAUAUAGCAGCGUGCAACCAAAACAGGUCUAGUAGACCUCAGUGUAGUGGUAUAGUUCAAGUUUUUAAUAGAACAUUGCCAAAUCCUGAUGCAGACUCUGUCAAAAAUGUAAGUCCUAGUGUAAGUGGAUCUUCAGUGCAAGUAACAUGGGACGAACCGGAGGAUCCAAAUUCAUUAAUCGUAGCAUAUAAUAUAAAAUAUGAAAGAACUGCGGAUACAUCAGUAUCCACGAAACCAUUGUGUAUUACCAAGUCACAAUAUAGCAAAUAUGGAUACAAUAUAUCGGAACUCUCACCUGGAGAUUAUUAUAUUCAAGUCCAAGCAGUAUCUUUAGCAGGCCCAGGAUACUAUAGUACAAAAGUUUAUUUUACAAUAACCUAUAAUUCUUUCUGGAUUUACAUAAUAUUAGGUAUUUUGGUAUUCAUCAUUGCCGCACUUGUUAUAUUUUAUAUGAGAUAUAAAGAUAAAAGUUUAAUUGAUCGGCUUCGUCUUAUAACCAAUAUUAACCCUGAAUAUGAAGGAAUGAAUUAUGAAAGAGACGAAUGGGAAAUUCCAAGAGAAGAUAUAGAAAUAGAAGAAGAAAUUGGAUCUGGUACAUUUGGAUCUGUAUUUAGUGGUUACAUCAAAAGUAGAAAUUGUCCUUGUGCUAUAAAAGUUACUAGGGAACAAAUUAGUUUAGCUGAACAAAGUGAGUUCCUAACAGAAGCUUCCACAAUGAAAAAGUUUAGUGAAGCACACCAUGUGGUUAAAUUGCUUGGUGUUGUGUCAAUAGGUUCCCCUGCCUUAGUUGUUAUGGAACUUAUGGACAGAGGUGAUUUGAAAAAUUAUCUUCGAAAGAUUAGAGAUACAAGUCAUAUCAUAAGUGUAAAUGAUAUGUAUAAAAUGGCAAUAGAAAUCGCUGACGGAAUGGCAUAUUUAGCUGCUAAAAAAUUUGUUCAUCGCGAUUUAGCAGCUAGAAACUGUAUGGUGGCAGCAGAUAAUACAGUAAAAAUUGGUGAUUUUGGUAUGACUAGAGAUAUUUACCAGUCUGACUACUAUAGAAAAGAAUCAAGAGGACUUAUGCCAGUUAGAUGGAUGGCACCAGAGAGUUUAGUGGAUGGCGUAUUUACUUCUGAUUCUGAUGUGUGGAGUUACGGUAUAGUCUUAUGGGAGAUAGCAACACUAGCAGAACAACCAUAUCAAGGAUUAUCUAAUGAACAAGUUUGGAAUUUUGUAAGAAAUCGAGGAGUACUUGAUAGACCACCAGAAUGUGCGGAUGGUCUUUAUAAUAUUAUGAAAAGUUGUUGGGCGUGGAAACCAAUGAGGCGACCUUCAUUCUUAGAUAUAAUUAACGAUUUGCAAGAUCGCGUUGGACCAAGUUUUUGUCUCAUGUCAUUUUACCAUAGUCGAGAAGGUAAAGAAUAUAGGUCAAAUCAUAGUCGUGUAUAUAAUCCACCUGCAUUAAUGCAAGGAGAAUUGGCUGCUGAAAAUGUGUACAGUAGUUACAGAGUUAGUGAUGAGGAUGUAAGUUUGCAUUACGGAAGCGAAUAAACUCCUACAUCAUAAUAUUUCAGAGGCUGUGUCAACGAUAAAAUUAAUAUUCGAAUAGUACAAAUGUCGGGGGGUGUUUCAAAGUUUAUGGUUCAGGGAAAAAAUUUCAAAAAAAAAAAAUAAUAAAAUAAUUAUUUUCAACUUCGAAUUUGCAAAAUCGCAGGAUAAUUUUGAUUUUUAAAAUUCCUAUAAGAGGUUUUAAAAAUUAAAUCACUACAGUUUUGGAGAUUCUGAAAAUUGGUAUGAUCUUACAAGAAUAAUUCACAGAUUACCUUUGGUCCGACAACUUUGGAGAACCCUGCACAUACUUGUCAAUUAUAUUUUGAUGGGCAUAAAAGAGAUAUGAACCGCAGUUUUAUGAUCAAAUAUUUAUAAACAAAUGAUCAUGUAGGAAUUCGGUACUAAUAUAUACAAAACAUUUUCAAUAAUUCAAUAAAAUGGAUGUUAUGUAGGUUUGAAAGGUUCUAAUUGGCAUUUUUCAAAAUAGGCAUUAUUUCUAUUAAAGAAGAAUAAUUCAGAUUUUAGUUAAUACUUUGCGUGUCAUAAUGACUUAUAGAACACGGGAUUUUAAAAAAUUUGUAUAACCGCCCUUUUCAUUCAAUAACUUCACCUAAAAUUAGUUAUUGUUUAAUCAAAGUAAAUGAGGAUGAAUUUUUCCUGGAUAAACAAGUCUUAUUUUAGACUCAGUAAUAUGUGAUAGUGUUAUAUCAGACCUUUCGGGGACACCCUGUAUAUUGUACUUAGAACCAUGUAUAACAUAUUUAAGUACCUACUGAUUAACUAACAAUGGUCAAAUAACGAAAUAAAAAACUCAUUUUUAAUGAUAAAUUAGACGCAUUACUAGGUUAAUUUGCUUUCAAUCCAUUUAUUGUUUACUUAAAUAUUCUUCGAUUCUUUUAUAAAUAAUUUAUGUUUACAUAAUAUAAAUCAGAAAAUCAAUGACCACAAACUGAUUAUAUAUUGCGAUCGAAAAAUUCUGUUUGAAAAAUUUUUUUGUUUGUCAGUUAAUAAUAUAUUCUUACAGUUAGUUUUAACAAAAAUAAUAUCAAAUUAUAAAAACAGAUUUGUCAUUCAUCGUUUACCUUUAUGUGUUUUAAAUUUACAUAAGUAUGUGAUUUUUUUUAAUUAUAUGUGAUAUAAGUAUAAUAUAAAUAAUUAAGGAGAUGUGUGAUAUUUAAAUUAUACACUAAUGACCUACAAACAAAAUUGUGAUUAAUAAAAUUAUUAUAAGGUCACAAAACACAAACAUAAAAUAAACUUGUAUAUAAAAAGUAAUUCUAAUAUACGUGUUUAUUCCACACACUAAAAAGUUUAGUCUUGAACAAACCAACGAAUUAAUUUGACUUAUAUUUUAAGAGAUGUAUAAAUAUAAACUAAAUUAUAUUAUUAUGUAUGAAAAAUAUAAUAAAUACGUAAGUAACGUAUUUGUAAAUGUAUAUAAUACAAGCAACAAUUAACCAAUGCAUGUUCUUAUCAUUCCAAUAAGUAUUUGUUUUUCUGUGCCAAAAUGUAAAUACGCUGUGUAAAAGCCUUGUUAUCAAUUUCGAAAUUGGGGUCUUUACAUCACCUUAGUUGGUUUGAGUCCAAUUUUUAUGACAAAAAGUGGCAAUAUUCUUUAAAAAUAAUCGCGAAAUUAAUAUGUCAUUAAUUUGAGAGCCACAGAUGCCAGUGAUUCACUUAUGUUAUGGAAGAAGUAGGCAAGAGUGUAAAAAUCAUGAGAAAUACACUGUGAUUAAAUGAAUAAACAUUUUUAAUUGUAGAUAACUGAAACAAAAAAUUAUAAAAAUUAAUUUUGAAUCUUAAUUUCAAAUUAUUGUUACAAUUGUUUAUUUCAAUGAUGGGUUUCGUUUAAGAGAAAUUGUGGGUUGCUCUACAGGGUGGCCCAUCAAAAUCGAGUGUAAAUAUUCAGAUCUAGGUCAUAUUACUUAGGGUGUAUCAUAUCAAACAAUGAUGAUAAGAGACGUAAAUUAGGUCUAUAUUUGUAGUAAUUAGAUUUGUCAAAUUAAUUGUUGUUGUGAGGUGUAAUUACACAUGCAUUUGUUAAUUACUUUGCUUAAGUUUAUCAUUGUUAUUAAGGUCUCUAUCUAAUAUUUUAAUCCAGUAUCAUAAAUUGCGCAAUUUAAUUGUGAAGAGAAACUAUGAUUUACAGUAAUUAUAAGUUUUCAAUUAUUAUAUUUUCCAUUAUGUCAAUAAAUUUAAAAAAUAUAUAUUUUUUACUUCAAAAAGUGUAUAAUACGUUUUAGGUUUUUACUGAAUGAAAUGUUCUUGGCGUUAUAUAUGUUAGUCUAAUAUUGGCCUUUAGAAUUCCAAAAUAACAUUUGAAAAAAAAUUAUAUAUUUUGAAGUUCCAAUCAAGGUGCUCUAAAUACAUAUGAAGUACAUACAUAUUUUUAAUCAAAUUCAUUAGUUAUCUUAAAAGACUUUAUUCUUAUCCUAAUUUUUAUAACUUGUUGAACUGAUGUUUAAAAAAAUAUAGAGACUGUCAUUCUCUUAUUGAAUAAGAGUAACAAAACUAUGUAUUAACUUAAAACCGCCCUAAAUAAAAGAAUAUACCUUUUAAUGUUGAAGAUAUUUUAACUAUUAUAUAUAUUCCUGUUAUGAUGAUAACAUUGUGCGAUUUAAUUGAAAACUUUGACUGAAAAUUAUAAAACUAUUUUCGAAAAAAUGCUGGACUGCGUUUGUGAGAGUUUCUCUGGAUUAGCUAAGUUAACUAAUAAUUAUUGUAUUUAGGUAACACUCCUUAGUGGCCUUGCGAAUUUCAGAAUUAAAGAACAUUACGAUUAAAUAAAAUCUAAAAGUUUGAUAGAGAAAUUUGUCUGAAAUUUGUGACGUCUCGACAAUGAGCUGAAUAAAAUUUCCUUUCUUGAAAAAUACGUCUAUUUUCAAGAUUUAAAAUCUAAAAUAUGUUGUACUAUUUAUAAUUAUUUCUUCCAUACAGUGGUUAACUCUAAUCUAAUGAAACCUCUUAAUAAGUUGAUCUAUCUACUUCCGAUAUUAAUAUAAAAGUUUUCAUACACUAUUUGACCAUCGCACGGUGUAAUUUUAGUGAUUUCAAACCAAAGUUACCUUAAUGUUUUGAUACCACAAAGUACAAUUUAAAUGUAUAUUUUUAAUAUAUAUAUAUAUAUAUAUAUAUAUAUAUAUAUAUUAGUUUGAUAAUAGUUUGUAUAAUUGUAUAUUAAUAAAUGUAUUUAUAUUUAUAAAA